CAAAUGCUGCAAGCAAGGGAUAGUUAGAGAGAACUAACUAUCAAAUACCAAGUUCAAAGUUGGCACCAUACUUGUUUCUACUUGUAUUGUUAUUAAUUAGUACAAAAUGAAUGUAAAAUUAUGCUGCCUAAUGAUUUUGGUGAUGGCAUUGGCAGUACAUGCCCAACUAAAAACAGGGUUUUAUUCUAGUUCAUGUCCAAGUGCUGAGACCAUCAUACGGUCCACAGUUGUAUCCUACUUCAACAAAGAUCCUACCAUUGCUCCUGGACUGCUCAGGCUUCAUUUCCAUGAUUGCUUUGUCCAGGGCUGCGAUGGUUCAAUUCUGAUUGCAGGCUCUUCUGCAGAGAGGAAUGCAUUGCCAAACCUUGGCCUAAGAGGUUUUGAAGUGAUUGAUGAUGCAAAAUCUCAAUUAGAGGCCAAAUGUCCUGGUGUUGUUUCAUGUGCUGAUAUCCUAGCAUUGGCAGCACGAGAUGCUGUUGAUUUGAGUGAUGGCCCAAGUUGGCAAGUACCCACAGGAAGAAGAGAUGGGAGGGUUUCCUUAUCAUCUCAAGCCUCCAACAUGCCUUCUCCACUUGAUCCUGUUUCUGUCCAGAGGCAAAAAUUUGCUGCCAAAGGUCUAGAUGAUCAUGACCUUGUCACCUUAGUUGGUGCACACACCAUAGGCCAAACAGAUUGCAGAUUCUUCAGCUACCGAUUAUACAACUUCACCACCUCUGGCAAUGCAGAUCCUUCUAUAAGCCUAGCUUUCUUAUCCCAGCUCCAAGCACUUUGUCCAAAAAAUGGAGAUGGGUUGAGAAAGGUGGCAUUGGAUAAAGGUAGUGCAGCCAAAUUUGAUGUUAGUUUCUUCAAGAAUGUGCGUGAUGGUAAUGGGGUGCUAGAGUCUGAUCAGAGGCUGUGGGAAGAUUCUGCUACUAGAAGUGUGGUCCAAAAUUAUGGUGGCAACAUUAGAGGGUUACUUGGGUUGAGAUUUAAUUUUGAGUUUCCAAAGGCUAUGAUCAAGAUGAGUGGUGUGGAGGUGAAGACUGGGAGUCAUGGUGAGAUUAGAAAAGUGUGCUCAAAAUUUAAUUGACCAUUUGCUGUAGUGAAAAAUAAAAGCAAACGAAAUUUAAUAUAUUGAAGGUGGCGUAGAUAAAAUUAUUUAAAAAUUAAAAAAAGAAACGUCGCCUGAGAGAUUCGAACUCUCGCGGGGAAACCCCAUGUACUUAGCAGGCACACGCCUUAACCACUCGGCCAAAGCGACUUUGAUGCUUAUUCUGCAAAAUUAGCUUAUAAGUAAAGUAAAUAUUUUAAUGACUUUA